AAGAAAUCACCUCAGUCAUAGGACAGUAUUUAAAAAUGGCGGACGACCAUGAAUCCUCAUCAGACGAGAGUUUAGACGCUCGGAGUGAAAAUUUCGAUCCACUUAAAGCACUUUAUUCAAAGAAAACAAAAAUCUUAUCAGUGAAAGCUCCGGUUUAUGACAAUAUAGUGAAAUUUGAAUCUGUGAUAGCGGGAUGUGCUGCGAAGAAAAAAAGUGGACAAAUCGAGGGGGAGCCUAUGCAGAGAAAAUUUCUACCCAAUCAAGGAAUGAUUCAGGGCAGUUCGAGAUCGAGAGAAAGAUUUAUAGGCGGGAGAAAUAUUCUGACAAAAAUGAAAAAGGCUUAUGGCCCACUUGGAGAACUGUACGUGUAUAUGGAAAAUAAAAUCAAAGUUAAGGUUUACACAAGGAACGCAGAAGGUAUACGAGGAUUUAUCGAGGCUUAUGUGGUGGCAUUUGACAAGCAUUGGAAUCUUGCUUUAGAAGAUUGCUUUGAAGUGUGGACGAGGAAAAAAAAGAGAAAAGCGCCCGCUUUAGGUUCGGCGAAUGAAGAAGUGGAAAAAGACGAAAGUGUUCCAAAAGUGAUAGUACAAAAAACGACGAAGAAAACGGAAACAUUGGAAAGGCACGUGCCACAAUUAUUAGUGAGAGGAGAGCAGGUUGCGAUAAUUGUCAAACUAAAUUAAUUGUCCACCUGUCAAAAGCUUCAGUAUUUUAAUAUAUCAGUUUUUUUAUCGAAGAAUACAAUCAAAAAGAAAAAGAAAUUUUCGUAUUAUUAAUUACCAAAAUCCUUUUAGGCUAUCAAAUAUUCUGACUAUCAAAUAUUCUCCUGCAUAAUCAAU